AAUUCUUCUUUGGCCUUCCCUCUCCCUCUCCCUCUCCCUUCAUUACCUUUUCUCACUAAACCCUUGAAUCUCUCUCUCUCUUUCUCUCUCUCUCUCUCUCUCUCUCUCUCUCUCACUCUGUUCCACUCUAAGCUUGAAGAUCUCCUUAAUUAUUCUUGGAAGAAAUUAAAAAGAAAGAAUUACACAGCUAUAUCUUAAAAGAGCUAGCUAGCAAACUCACAAAAAGGGUAAAGAAAGCGAAGUAGCUAUUUAUUCAUUUUGAUCAAAGAAACCUAGAUCACAAACAGCUGCCUGCAGGUGUUGUGAAAAAGCAAAAACAAAAACAAAAAAAAAAAAAAGAAAAAGAAAAGAGGAAAAGAUGGCAUCAUCAUCAUCAUCAUCAUCAAGCUCCUACAAUUCACCCUGUGCAGCCUGCAAAUUCCUGAGGAGGAAAUGCAUGCCAGGUUGCAUCUUCGCACCAUAUUUCCCACCAGAAGAGCCUCAGAAAUUCGCCAACGUCCACAAGAUCUUCGGUGCCAGCAACGUGACCAAGCUCCUUAAUGAGCUCUUGCCUCAUCAGAGAGAAGAUGCGGUGAAUUCACUGGCUUACGAAGCGGAAGCGAGGGUUAGAGACCCGGUUUACGGUUGUGUUGGAGCCAUCUCUUUCCUUCAAAGACAGGUUCAGAGGCUCCAGAAGGAACUGGAUGCCGCUAAUGCAGAUCUCAUCCGCUUCGCCUGCAAUGAGAUUCCCACUCCGGCCGCUUUGCCGCCUCCUCAGCCAUUAAUGGCUCCACGACACAGGCCAUUGGAGUAUGGUGGUGGUAGAAGACUUGGUAAUGAAGGAGGAGGAGCAGGGUUUUAUUCUAAUUCUGCGAAUUUUUCGCUUCCUUAUCCUCUUCAAUGGAGUACUGAUCAUAACCCUUCUGGAGAUAUUAAUGAAGGAAGUGGAGGAGGAGGAGAUGGAAAUAUGUGAAUUUAUCAUAUAGCCUCUCUCAAAAACCCAAAAAAAAAAAAAAAAGGUAUAUAUAAGUAAAACCCAUCUAGGGUUUUCCUUUGGAAAUGGUAUAUUAUAAGUUGGUUAAGUUUUUUUUUUUUUUUUUUUAACUUUUUAAUUUUCUUGAUCUCAAAAGCCUCACCGACCCCUAAACUCUUCUAGCCAGAUCAUCACCUAGAGUUCCUUUUAAAAAAAAAAAAAAGUAAUUUUUAUUUGGUGGGUUUAGUGCUUAAUUUAAAUUUGUUGAUUAACAAUUAAGAAAAGCCUAAACCAAGAACUGAAAAGUCUAUAUAUGUUAGAGUGGUAUUAGGAAGAGGGUGAUCCUAAAUAAGGCUUUUGUAUAGAGUUUGUAGUGAGUGUGGCUAUUUAUUUUGUGUCAUUAGAGUGUAACUUUCUAAGGCUUUGGCAUGCGGGAGUUGACAUUCUUUGUCAUUGUUUAUGCUUAGGAAUAAAUGAAAAAUAAACAUUUUCUGCUUAAUAAAGAUGAUUCUUCAGCCCCAAGUCUAGG